UGUGUGUGUGUGUGUGAGAGAGAGAGAGGGACGCAGGCUAAUCUAUCCCUCCCGGACACGUCUCUGUCCACGGGAAACACUCAUGACCGGGCGGAUUUAACCCCGGAGGACACCCGGCGAUCCCCGCAGGCCCGAUCGCAGAUCUCCGCUCCCCUCUCUCCCUCCCUCCCCCCACUGGGCUGGUUGCCAUGGAGAGCUCAUCAGUAGCAUCAGCAUCAUCAGAGGCAGGAAGCACGCGCUCGCAGGAGAUAGAGGAGCUGGAGCGCUUCAUCGACAGCUACGUGCUGGAGUACCAGGUGCAGGGACUCCUGAGCGACAAAAACGAAACCGACCAGGAUGUGGACAAGACACCGUCCCACAUCUCACAGUGGACAGAAGACUGCAGUGAUAAGAUUGACGGGAGCUGGUCGUCCUCACGGGGCAAGGACUCGUCCAAACCAGAUGAUUGGGAGCACAGCAGUAAUGGCAGCACCGGUUCUAGACCCAGUUCUGGUUCUCGACCCGGUUCUGGUUCUAGAUCGGGCAGCAGAGGACGAAACAACCAGUUCAGAGCCCCAGCGAAGAAUGGAAACAGAGACUGUUCUUUCGACGUUCUGGGGACGGACAUUUGGGCUGCAAACCUGGACUGUCAUGGAGGCGCUACGUGGGACAUGCAGCCGGAGAAACUGGAUUUCUCACAGUUUCACAGGAGGCCGUACAGAGGGACACCAAAACACCUCCCGCACAUCGACCGAGAAGGGAUGAUAAAGGGCAAAUUUGACGAUGAUGAUGGUAUUGACUUGGACAACAUGGAGAAAUUCCUGCCCAGCCUGCCGGUUUUUCCUCCUCUGCCUAAUGAAGCUGAGAUCGCACACACGAAAAAACUGUUUCGUCGCCGCAGAAAUGACCGCCGGAGACAGCAGCGCCUGCCUGGAGGAGGAGGAGGAGGAGGAGGAGGAGGGGCUCCUCUGAAAUCCCAGAAUCCUCAGCAGCAGCAGGGAUUGCAGCAGCAGCAACAGCAGCCCAAUCAGACUCAGCAGCCCAACGCAGACCACCAAUCAGGUGCUGGCACUAAGCAUGGGGGGUGGGGUUACCAGGGCCAGCAGAACCAGGGUGGGUGGCAGGGUGGGUGGCAGGGUGGCCCGCAUCACGGCUACAGCCAGAACCGCCGCUGGCAUCAGCAUCCCAAACACCAGACGAACAGUUUCAAUCUGGGGCCCUCGGGGGCCGACAGGGGCCUCGUACGCAAUACCAAAGAGACAGAGAAUGUAAAAUACGGGGAGCCGGAGCCCCACAUAGAGAAAGGAGCAAAGGAUGAGCCUGCGAAAGAGGAGAGAAAGAAAGGAGACAAGGAGGAGAAGACGGAGAGCGGGAAGAUCUGCUUACUGCAGUCGUCUAAAGAGAGACUGAGGAGGAGAUUGAAAGAGAAGGAGGAAGUUCCCGUGGCGACGGCCGGACCUCAGCGGAACCGAAUGGACAGAUUGUUAGAGAUUCUGAACAGCAUGAGGAACAACAGCAGCGGCGUGGAGAAUCAGCUCACCACGUUCAUGGAGGAGGCGCAGAACUCGGCCGAUUCAGAGGAGACGCUGAACGAGAUUGUCCACACUAUUUACCGCAAGGCAGUCAGCGACCGAAGUUUUGCGGCAACGGCAGCCAAACUCUGUGACAAGAUGGCUCUGUUCAUGGUGGAAGGAACCAAAUUCCGCUCUCUAUUACUCAACAUGUUACAGAGGGACUUCACGCGGCGUGAGGAGCUGCAGCAGACGGAUGUGGAGUGCUGGCUAGGCUUCAUCACGUUUCUGUGUGAAGUGUUCGGCACCAUGAGGAGCAGUGCUGGAGAGCCGUUCAGAGUGCUGGUCUGCCCCAUAUACUCCUGUCUGAGAGAGCUGCUGGAGUCUCCGGAGGUGAAGGAGGACGCGGUGCUCUGCUGUUCGAUGGAGCUCCAGAGCACCGGCCGGUUACUGGAGGAGCAGCUUCCUGAGAUGAUGACAGAGCUGCUGGCGGCCGUGCGGGAUAAGAUGCUGUGUCCGUCUGAGUCUCAGCUGACGCGCUCACUCCUGAUGGAGGUCAUCGAGCUCCACGCUCACCACUGGACCCCGCUGGAGGCGCUGACCACCGCCUACUACAACAGAACCAUCCAGAAGCUCACCGUGUGACGCACACGCACCGCUGGAGGCCCUGACCACUGCGAACCACAACACAACCAUCCAGAAACGCAUUAAGAGACACGCAAACCAACCACAGAGGCCACGGACACACUACAACACACACAAGCUUUCUGUAAUAGGAGGAUAGAAUCGGGUGUGGAUGGAUGAGACAUGAGGCAUUAUGGGAUAUGGGGCUGGGUCAGAGGUCAGAGGGUAAAAUAUGCAGAUUGAAAUUAAUAUGUACAUGUUCACACUUCACAUCUGCAUAUUCAUGAGGUGAGCCAGACGUGAAACCAGACAGUCAUUAGACGCAUGCGUGCAGACGCCAGUCACUGUCUCACGCUUUCCAGACUAAACCGACACCGAAGAAAAUAAAUACAAAUGUAAAAAAUCAAAAGAAAAAAUCUGGCGUAAAUGUUUUUUUAUUUGGCAUAAAAAUGAAGCCUAUUUUUAAUCUUUUUUAAAAUUUGUCAUUAUUUUCACAACUAUGCACAUUCCAACCCACUAAAAAAAUUAU